AUGUCCACUCCGUCCAAGCGAAGGUUAAUGAGAGACUUUAAACGAUUGCAAACUGACCCUCCUGACGGGGUCAGUGGUGCUCCUUGUCCGGAUAAUGUGUUACUGUGGAAUGCAGUCAUCUUUGGUCCGGAAGACACUCCUUUUGAAGACGGUACAUUCAAACUUGUAUUGACUUUUGAAGAGAGCUAUCCAACUAAGCCUCCACAUGUCAAGUUUGUCAGCAGAAUGUUUCACCCCAAUGUAUAUGCCAAUGGUGAUUUGUGCUUGGAUAUCCUACAAAACAGAUGGUCCCCAACAUAUGAUGUAGCUGCAAUUCUCACUUCAAUUCAAUCCCUGUUACAUGAUCCUAAUCCAAACAGUCCAGCAAAUGCUGAAGCUGCUCGACUGUUUUCGGAUUCCAGAAAAGAUUACAACAAACGAGUACGUGAAACUGUGGAAGAGAGCUGGAACUCAUAA